GUAUUCAUACAUCUUUUAAAUGAACGCCUGAUGCCACAUAUGAACCGUUUGAUAUCUUCUUAUCAACUCGGCUUCAUGCUUGAUUGUUUCGUUGGUGAAAGCGGCAAACUGCUACACACUGUCAUGGCUGAUGCCGAAUCCUCGUAUUCCAUAGCUGUUGGUCUACUUUUGAACCAGGAGAAGGCAUAUGAUCGCAUUCACUCCGAUUAUCUUCAACAAGCUAUGUCAGUCUUUGGAAUCCCAGACCCAACUAUUGCCAGCCUACCGUCCCUCUUCUUUUUCAUAGCAAUCAGAAUCAAUAUCAAUGGGCACAUUUCGCAGUAAUUUAUACAGAAGCGCGGACUUCGUCAGGGUGAUCCUAUU